AUGGACGGCAAGGCUGCUGGGAUGGACCUCGACAGCAGCUACGGUCGUGACGGCAGCGACGAGAUGGAUGUGUUCCAUCCCGAUCACGAGGAGGGAGGAGCGCAAGGCGAUACCGAGGAAGCGAUUCUCAUUCCAGUGCAUGGAUCCGAUGAGUGCGUGCGCGUCAAUGUGAGUGAGCUGCCUAAAGAUGCCAACGACAUCGUGGAUAUCCUCAAGGCCGAGCUCGCCCCGCUCGACGUUUGGCUCAAAUUUGCUGUGGAGUACUACAAACAGGGCAUGCCUGAAAACUUCAAGCUCAUCCUCGACGAGGGCUCAGAUGAGAGUCUGGAGCAUGUACCGCGGUACAUGGACGAGGAGUCGAAGCGGCAGCGCAUUGCCAUCCUCAACGUGUUGGCCGGCUACUACAUCAAACUCGCCGUCAAGUCCAAGGACGCCCAGCGCGACCAGUUCUACGAUCUGGCUACCAACAACUACAACAAGGCCGACAAGAUCGACGUGCAGCAGGAGAUGACCUGGGUCGGCAAAGGUGUGCUGCUGCUAUGCAAAGGCUCGGCUGAUCGAGCCGACAAGUACUUCGACACCGUGCUCGAUGGCAACGCAGCCAACGCCCCGGCCCUCCUCGGCAAGGCGUGCAUCGCGUACAACAAGAAGAACUACGAGGAGGCGUUCGGGUACUACCGGAAGGUGCUGGAGCUCAACCCGUCGUGCCCGGGUGCGGUGCGGCUGGGCCUGGCCUUCUGCCACUACCGCCUCAACCGGCUGGAGCUCGCCCGCAAGGCCUUUGAGCGCGUGCUCGUGCUCGAGCCCGACAACGUGCCCGCGUUGGCCGCCCUGGCCGUGCUCGAGCUCAACACGGCCAAGCCCAAGGCCGUACACCGCGCCAUGUCGCUCCUCAAGCAGGCCUAUGACGCCGACCCGUCGAACUCGUUCGUGCUCAACCACCUGGCCAACCACUUCUUCUACAAGAAGGAGUACAAGAAGACCAUCCACUUGGCCCAGGCCGCCUUCAACAACACCACCGUGCGCGAGAUCAAGGCCGAGAGCUUCUUCCACUUUGCGCGCGCCUACCACGCCCAGGAGGACUACGAGAAGGCCUUCACCUGCUACUAUCAGGCGACGGACAUGUGGCCGGAGUACACGCUGGCGCACUACGGGCUCGGGCAGAUGUACCUGGCCAAGGGCGAGACGGCCAAGGCGAUCGCGUCGUUCGAGGUGGUGAACAAGAAGUACCCGGACAACUACGAGACCCUCAAGAUCCUGGCCUCGCUCUACGCACACACGGGCAAGCGCGACAAGGCCAUCCACCACUUCCGCCGCAUCACCGAAACGCACCCGAAGGACACCGAGGCGUGGGUCGAGCUGGGCGACCUGGUCGAGCGCCAGAAGAACUACACCGAGGCUCUCAAGGCCUACGAAAAGGCCACCACCCUGCUCCAGGCCCAGGGCGAGCCCGUGCCCAUCGAGCUGUGGAACAACGUGGGCGUGCUCCGACACCAGCUGGGCAACGUCGAGGGCGCCGAGCAGGCCUACCGCCUCGCGCUCGCCGAAUCCGGGGCCACCGAGGAGGAAUUCAAGGCACUCGACAUCACCACCCUCUACAACCUCGGUCGCCUCUAUGAGGCCCAGCACAGGUCGGAGCAGGCGGCCAGUCUGUACAAAGCGAUCCUCAAGGAGCACCCCAACUACGUGGACUGCUACUUGCGGCUGGGCUGCAUGGCCCGGGACAAGGGACACAUCUUCGAGGCCUCCGAGUGGUUUAAAGAGACGUUCGCCAUCAACGAGUCGCACCCGGAGGCCUGGUGCCUGCUGGGCAACCUCCACCUGCAGAAGGAGGAGUGGCAGCCGGGCCAGAAGAACGAUCCCUACGUGCUCCUCGCUCUCGGCAACAUCUUCUACGCCGCCAAGUUCGACAAGAAGGACAAGGCCGAGAAGUAUUUGCAGCAUGCGAUGGACCACUACUGGCGGGUGCUGCUCAAGAAUCCGGCCAACAUGUACGCCGCGAACGGGCUGGGCAUCAUCCUGGCCGAGCGGAACGAGCUCAACGAGGCCAAGGACUUCUUCAUCAAAGUCCGCGAGGCGACCACGACCAUGCCGGACGUGUGGCUCAACCUAGGCCACGUCUACCUGGCGCAGGGCGAGUUCGUGAACGCCAUCAAGAUGUACCAGAACUGCCUCCGCAAGUUCUUCGGCAACAAGGACCCCGAGGUCAUGCUCUUCCUCGCCAAGGCCUACUUCGAGUACGGCCACAUGCAGGAAUGCAAGCAGGUGCUGCUGAAGGCGCUGCGGCUCAGCCCCAACAACAACCAGCUGUGGUUCAACCUGGCCCUGUCGCAGGAGGCCUACGCGCGGCAGGUGGUGAAGAAGGAGAAGACGGAGAAGAAGAGCCUGCUCGCCGGCGAGAUGAAGUCGGCCCUCGCCGAGCUGCGCGUGGCCGAGCGCACCUUCACCCACCUGGCCACCAUCCCGGCCAAGACGCCCCACGCGCGCCUCAACUUCAACCCCAAGCAGGCCGAGAAGCACGCCGCCAAGUGCCGCGCCUACGUCACCACCCUCGAGGCCCUGGUGGCCCAAGCCGAGACCGACGAGACCGAGACCGCCCGCAAGCGCGAGUCCCAGCGCCAGGCGGCCGCGGAAGAGGCGGAGAAGCGGCGCAAGGCCGAGCUGGAGAGGGUGCAGGCCAUCGAGGACGAGAAGGCGCGCCUGCAGCGCAUGGCCGAGGACAAGAAGAAGCACCUCGAGAUGCUCCAGGCCACAUGGGCCUCGCGCGAGGCGCCCGCCCCGCGCGAACCCACGCCCAAGAAGGGCGCGUCUCGCCGCCAGUCCGGCGCCGCGGCCGACGGCGACGAACCCUCCGAGCGACGCAGGCGAAGCGGCUCCUCCACCACCCCCAAGAAGAAGAAGCGGAAGCCUGAUGACUUCUACUCGGGCUCAGACUUGGACGACGACGACGACGACGCGGAGGGGGAGGACGACGACCGGGAGCUGCCCAAGAGCGGCGACGACGAGGCCGAGGGCGACUCCGGCGGCAACGACGACCACGGAGAAGAGAAGAGCGGCGGCGGCGGUCGUCGGAAAAGCCGAGGAGGCAAGCGGCAGCGGAGGAGCCGAGGCGACGGAGAAGAAGAAGAAGGCGGAGGAGAGGAGGAAGAGGGCCAGGGCGAAGGGAAGGAGGCCGAGGGCGGAAAGAAGAAGAGGAAGAGGGAGAAGAAGGAGAAGAUUGGCGGCGGCGGUUCGAUGAGGCAGAGGCUGGCGAGCCUGGCCAACAAGCAGAAGAAGGGCAAGGAGGCCGAGGGCGGGCGGAGGAAGCGCCGGAGCAGCUCCUCCCCCGCCCAUUCCCAGGGGGAGGAGGAAGAGGAGGGCCGGGCGGAGGCCAGAAACGAGGUCGCGGAGGAGCAGGAGGAGCCCAUCGUGGCGGCCGACGACGUCGACGUCGAAGUCGACCACCUCGAGGAGGAGCUCCGCCAGGAAGAGGAAGAGGAGCAGCGGAAGGAGAAGGCCGCGAAGGAGGAGGAAGGCGCCGAUGAAGGAAAGCUUCCGCAGCCGACCGACGACAUGGAGGAAGCUCCUGCCGCCGCUGCCGCCGCUGCUGCUCAGGCGGCGGGUGAGGCAGCGCCGUCUCUCGACGUCAUGGAGUAG